GCAGGCCAAAAACACACGAUGUCGGCACUGGGCAGAGUCUUAAGUUGCAGAAAGCACCCUUAUAUUGACACCUGUUGUGUAUCGGAAGCAUACUCACAAAGAUUCUCAUCUACCGAGACACACCAAAUAAUCCCUCUAAAUAUCGUUCUCUCUCCUCUCAGUCUCGAAGACCUCAACAAAAGAAAGGCUCGGAUCAGCGACCCGCGCACCGGCUCCAGUUUUUUCAGUCGAAAUGAUUGCUGGUGAGGAAAUUCUAAAAACCUAGCCAGGUUGCUGCUAAAAGUCAAUCACGACGCGAAGUAUUUUGCUGUUUACGAAUUCCUUUCAAAUUUGAGAAACAGAAAUGCUAGGGGAUGGCGGAGAGACUCCUUCCAGGUUUGAGUUGUUGUCUAUGGUGAAGAAACACUCUAAGUUGUUAGGGAAAACUACAGUGGAAGAGGAAGAUGCAGCAGAUGUUGAAAUGGACUCGCGGUUCUGGCACGAUGUGUUGGAUUUGUAUUUUAUUCGUGGUAAAGAAUCAAGGAGAAAGCAGGAUGAUGAUCUCGUCUUUUUCGUUAGAAAAAGGAGCACGCAAGGAUAUGGUUUCAAUGAUAGUGUAGAGAGUGCUGCUCCUUACUUUGUACGCAGGUGGGCACCUAAGUUGGAUAAUUUAGUUAGUGAAAGUUCAGCGGAGGUGGAUUGGAGGCGCUCGUUUUACUUGAAUUUGAUUGCACAUACAUCAUACACAGUAACUGUGGCAAUUUGCAGUCAACAAGUCCUUCGGAAUCAUCAAGCUGGGCAAGAUACACAGUUGUCUCCUAUAUAUAAGGUUGUAAAGACUGUUUAUGCAUCUCCAAGUCGUGUAUAUUUUCAUUUGGACUCAAAAAAGGAAGUAGAGACAACGCCUGCAUAUCCAGAUAUCUGUUUUGCAGUUGAUGAUUUUGACUCCACUUUUGAUGCAGUGGUAUUGACAGAAAGAGACCACUGCUAUUGUGUACUUCUCAAUGCACAUGAUGGGGCAGCAUUUCCUAGUGACAAAGAGUUGCAAGAUGGCAGUUCUAGCAGUAAUUUUUGUCAGAAAAAUGAUACUAGUCCUGGGAAGGAAAAGAAUUCUAAGCUCACACUUUUCUCUGGAUUUGUAAGCUAUCAAAUGGUUCGAGAAGCAUAUGAUGCUGGCAAGUCUCGAUUUGGGAGUCUUCUUGGUCAAUCCCCUGGAAAAACAGACAGACUUUACAUGAAAGGUCCAGGAGGACGUGGGGAAGUUGAAGUAGCUGUUUCUGGUGUUGCAGAUCAAAGCCAGCAGGAUGUUGGCCCAUUUUCACCUGUUACUUCAAAGAAAGGGUUCGGGAUUGGCUCAGUUUUUCUAAAAGCAGCAUCUGUUGCAUCUGUGGCAGCAAAGCAUGCCUUUGCAGCUGCUUCUUCCUCCGUAUCUUCAGAUGACGAGAUGUUACCCCUCAAAUGCUGCUUAAUGUCCAUAUCAUUGCCCUGGGAAUAUAUCGCAUAUGAUCUUUUGUUCAAGGGAAGUCCUCCUGUGAACAUGUAAAUAUACACCAUGGUUAUCGCGAAACAGCCCAAAGAUGUCGCCGGCUAGAGGAAAGUGUGGGAUAAAACAACUUUCGGAUGUUAGUCGGAGUCACUCCUGCCUGAACUUUGACGGAACCUUAUAAUUGUAGUUGUACGUGAAAAUUCUUUCUUUGCAUUUUUUCUGUUAAGUAGUGUUUUAGGGCUGAAUUUGGAAUGUUGUAAUAUUGUAAUAAUCAAUGACCUUGACAAAUGUAAGUGUCAGUUGAUGGUUUCCCCUUUCAAAAUUCAACAGGCCUUUUAAGUUUUA